AUGGAUAGCACAAGACAGCAGCAUUCUCCGCCAGCCUCCAGUGCCAGUAGCCCGCCUCAAACUCAGGGUUUGGUGUCUUGGCCCGAGGGUGAAGAAGCUGAGAAAAUGCUCAGCAGGUAUCGCAGGGUUCAGAUGCAUAUAUUCCCCUUUGUGAUCAUCCCAUCGGAUACAACCUCAGCUUCGCUUCGGCUGGAGCGCCCAUUCACUUGGAAGGCGCUCAUGCUUCAGUGUUGCUCCAAUGACGGACAUCGCCAGCAUGUGCUCGGCAAGGAACUAUUGCAGGAAUUCAGCGAAGCUCUAUUGACUCGGCCAAGGAAAAGCUUGGAUCUACUUCAGGGCUUGAUCUUGUUCGUGGCGUGGCAUCACGCGGGUCUGACAAGCUUCCAGGCUACCAAUCUGCUAGGUUUGACGCGUUCGCUUUGCUUGAGUUUAGGCAUUCAUGAGGGCCAAGUGAGAGAACUAGAGACGGAUCUCGGUCCCUUGUGUCUAGAAAAAUUGAGAGCAUUUGCCGGCACAUACUAUCUCAUCACUUCCUUCUACACUACGAGCAAGAGAACGGACGCAUUCAUGAACACCACAUAUCUUGAUUCACUCUGUCGUGUGUUGGAGGACAAGGCCCUGUGCCCAACCGACAAGCUGGUUGCAUAUAUGGUCAAAGUUCAGCAACUGGCGCAGAAUAUCUCCCUCACCCUAUCAAGUAGCACGACCUCGCAGCUCUUCCUCCUACCCAUGGUCAUGGUUGUGAAAAGUCUCCAGUCGCAAAUUGAGAGCUUCAAAACAAACAUACCAGUAGAUUUGAGAGACAACGUCGUCCUGGCGUCGCAUCUGUAUACUGCCGAGACUCUGCUAUACGAAGUUGGCCUCCAAGACGUCAGUGUCGAGCUCGGUGGGCUUCAGGGCACAGACCGUUUGGAGGUGCUGUGGUCGUUGUUCACGUCUCUGAAGGCAUUCCUUUCACUUCGAUUCGACCCAUCGGGCAAGAAAUGCCAUGGAUUUCCGUGCAUUUCUUCAGUCGACUUCAUGUAUAAUUUUCUCACUUGUCUCAAGCUCAUUACCUUGCAAGCUCCAGGCUGGGAUCUUGCUCGAAUUCGCCGUGAACUAGCACUCCCUGACCUGGCAGACCAGCAGAUACAAGAGCUCGAGAGAUUGAUACACCUUCGCAAGAGAGGCAACAAUGAAGACAUGCAAACAAGUCGACCCAGCCAAGACCCUUUGCAAAGGUUGGCGACGACCUUGAAAAACAUAUCUGCUGUCCUUCGUGCCAUGCCAGAACCCGGCCCGAUGACACCCCUCGUGCAGAAUGAGACAGAGUCAAACGAUGAAGAUGCAGAUCUCCUCGACCUGGAUUUUGUCUCAACGCUCGUCCCCGACGCUUGGUCGGGAUUCUGGGCGCCUGAAGAUCAAAAUGGCGACUGGAACGCUGAAACACCGCUGCUCGGUCUGUCUUCAGAAUAG